AUUUUCCACACACUGGCCAAUAAACUCAUGCUGGUGUGUUGCUGGUGGUGACCUGGGUUUGUGCGUGUUCCAUGUCCAUGUCCUCUGCAUGGCCGUUUGAUCCGUUGGUGUAAAAAGAUCCAGCACCCCCACCCACUCUGCUGGUACGCUGCUGGACUGAUACCGCGACGAGCUGCCUGCCAGUCAGUAGCAACGACGACGACGAAGGCAAGCGAGAGAGAGCGAACAGAGCGCAGCAAGGAGAGGGUUUUCGAUUUUGCUGUCAAAACAAAGGAGAAAAGCCACCACCACCAAUCCUCCAAGCAAAAGUGGCAGCCAGCAGCACAGUGUUUUCUAGUGCGAGUGUGGAAAGGGCUUUUAUUUUUGAUAUUUUUUGCUGUUUUCCAUCGGACUAAAGGAGGCAUUUUGUCGGUCGAUUUGACCCGUUUCGAGUGGAAAACCCUAAGGCAUAGUCAGACACCGGGGCACAUUCCGCCCGAGGAUCAAAUUUCCUGUUUUGUGCAUUUUCUUCGUGCUCCCCGAGGAGGAAAAUAUGGAACGAAGCAUUGGCCGACAGGGACCGAUGAUGUCGUCCCCGGGAAUGUCCCGACGGCCUGGUGGAAUGCCACCUCGCGAUAGCUAUCAAUCACAUUCAUACCAUCAGCAGCAGUCCAGUCCACAUCAACAUCACCAGCAACAGCAGCAGCAGCAGCAACAACAACAGCAACAGCAUUCGCCAAGUCAAUUCCAGCAUUCUCAGCAUGAUGAGCUGAUACGAUACAUUCAUGAGGCAUGGAAUACGAUCACGCAAGACAAAAGCCAAAAUCCCCCAGUAUUCUACAAGAGUGUACCUGAGCCUCGGCUCGCCGGUUUCACCCCGUUCGAUCUGGAAGCCUACUGGGGUCGACGGUUAGUACACAAGAUCAACAUUUCGGCCCAUGGUCAUCAGUAGUUCCAGACUGGACUGGAAUAAUACCAAUCGAUUGGGCGUUAGAGGAAAGGGAAGGAUAAUUGAACAACAACAACAUAAAAAAACGGAUAAUUCGUAACCGUUGAUGGGGGGAAUAGACAUCAUUAAAAUCAACAGCAGAAACAGAUUGAAAAACUGAAAACUGAGACAGCUGGACGUGGUGAAUGGAUCAAUAGAAUCGGCAAUACACAUACACGGCCAUGAAUAUGGGCAACAUUGAACAGGUUACACAAACACGAUUAUAUUUUCCUUUUUUUUUUAUUUCUGCGAAAUUGGACGCAUUGGCAGAAGUUAUAUCCAUGAUUCAGAAGCAAAAUAUUUCUAAAUGUUAGAAAGACAGGUAAAAUUCGGAUUAUUUUCGAAAGGAUUUCGAAUCAAUGAAGCAAAAUCAACUGAACAACUAAUAUAACGAUCACUUAUUUUGAUUUACAAAGAAAACUGUUGUAAAUGCAAGCAAAAAGUAAUUGUGAAUAUUCAAAACCUACAAACUCUACGAAACAAUAAUGAUGGAAAAAUACAAUGGUGUUUUCACUUUUUUAAUAUGUUCUGUUUUCCGUUUAUUCUCUAUUUUGUUUUAAACUACACAUCUCUGUAAAAAAAACUAUGGAUGAAUUGAAAAUGUAAUAAACAGUAAAAGGGUAAACAUA